GGGGCGCUUCGAUCCAUUGCUGUCGGGUCUCGCAUCCCUUCCUCACUCAAAACAUCAUCAUUGUGUUGCCUCGGGGGCUUUCUGCGCCCUUCCGCAUCACCACAUCAUUCUCGUCUUCUUGUUUGACUUUUCUGUAGCUUUUGGCCUGUCGUCGCUUCAGACUUUCGAGCCCAGCCUCCCGUUGACCGGUUGCACGUCGAACCUGAAUCUGUUCGAUUCGUCGCAACAAUCGCGCCCGCGCCCUUGGAAGCCACGACCUGUAUUCCAACCACGCCAGUUCAGAUCAAAGACUUUAUGGCCUCGCGCCUCUAAGUCUUCAUCUCUCUACAAGUAAACAUUACCUUUUAUAAUUGCGACGUCGUUGCUGUUGGCAUCCAGCGCCUCUUUGCGCGAUCUUCAGACAAUCCGUCGACGCAUUCACCGGAGCACGCGCACACCUAGUACGCUUCAACUCCCAACACAAUGGCCAACCAUCACCCUUCGCCAACCAUGGCCAUGCAGGGGCAGCAGCACGGCGGCCCCCCUGGACCCCCUCCGCCGCCGGGUAUGCAGCAAGGGCAGAACUAUGCACCUUCGCGACAAAUCCUCCUGAUGAACGAAGCUGUCUGGAUGCAGAUUGGCAGCUUUGCUGAGCUCCUUGGAAACCUCGAGGAGGCCAUGAAGGCCUACGAUCGCGCCCUCCAAGCAAACCCGCAGUCGGUCGCGGCGAUGAAUGCCAUCAGCUUGAUCCUGCGAACGCGCGAAGAGUUCCACAAGGCAGUUGACUACCUGCAAGCGAUACUCAAAAUUGACAACACCAAUGGCGAGGCCUGGGGCAGCCUGGGCCACUGCUACCUUAUGAUGGACGAUCUGCAGCAAGCCUACGCCGCCUACCAGUCUGCCUUGGUCAACUUGAGGAGCCCUAGGGUUAGUGCUGCCUCCGGCUCUCUGGGUUCUUCAAAUACUAAUACAGCACAGGAGCCCAAGCUUUGGUAUGGCAUUGGUAUCCUUUACGACAGAUACGGCUCUCUUGAGCAUGCCGAAGAGGCCUUCUCCCAGGUCAUGCAGAUGCAGCCGGACUUCGAAAAGGCCAACGAAAUUUACUUCCGUCUCGGAAUAAUAUACAAGCAGCAGCAGAAGUACGGUCAGAGUCUGGAGUGCUUCAAGUACAUCGUCAACUCCCCUCCCCCUCCCCUCACCGAGGAGGAUAUUUGGUUCCAAAUUGGUCACGUUCACGAGCAGCAGAAGGAUUACGAUAGCGCCAAGGCUGCGUACCAGAGAGUUUUGGAACGCGAUCCUAGUCACGCGAAGGUCCUGCAGCAGCUGGGCUGGCUUCAUCACCAGCAGAGCAGCAGCUUCCAGAGCCAAGAGCGAGCUAUCGAGUUCUUGGAGAAGUCCGUUGCCGCCGAUCAAGGUGACGCGCAAAGUUGGUACCUCCUUGGUCGCUGCUACAUGUCGCAACAAAAGUACCCCAAGGCCUAUGAAGCGUACCAACAGGCCGUCUACCGCGAUGGAAGGAAUCCGACUUUCUGGUGCUCUAUCGGAGUGCUGUACUACCAGAUAAACCAAUACCGCGAUGCUCUCGACGCUUACUCUCGUGCCAUCCGGCUCAACCCCUUCAUCUCCGAGGUCUGGUAUGACUUGGGCACAUUGUAUGAAUCUUGUAACAACCAGAUCAGCGAUGCGCUUGACGCAUACCAGCGCGCUGCAGAGCUCGACCCUCAGAACCCUCACAUCAAGGCCCGUCUGCAGUUGCUGAGAAAUGGCGGUGCCAACGGAGGACAGCCCCCCAGCGCUCCUCAGCCUGCCGAUGUUCACCCUCAGGCUUACCAGGUCGGCCCCCCGGCUCCCCAGUGGGGAAGCUCUGCUCCUCAGUCGCAGCAGCAAGGACAGCAGCCUCCUCCGCCUCCCGGACCCGGCGGCCCAGGAAGCAACGGCUGGGGCCGGCUUGCAGACAUCAACCCUCCUCCUCAGCCACCCAACCCGUAUGAGCAGCGUGGCGAGUUCCGUGGCCCGGCUCCCCCCAUGCCGCGACAGCCUAGCCCGAGACAGGAGCAACAGCAGCAGCAGCAGCAACAACAGCAACAACAACAGCAACAACAACAGCAGCAGCAACAGCACGGUGGUCGCCCGCCGUAUCCCGAGCCGCUUCGUCGGAUGGCUAGUCCUCCAUCUCACUACGCCGGACCGCCGCAGCCGCCUCAGCAGCCUCAGGGUCUUCCCACGUCUGCGCCGCGCACCAUCAACCCUAACUACACUCAGCCGUCUUCUGCUCAAAUGCCUCCUAUGAACGUCGGUCCCAAUGGCCCUCCCAGCCAGCCGCCUCACUUCCGUGGCACCAACAGUCCCCGACCUGGUGAGAGGCCCAUGCAUGACAACCGCAUGCCCUCGCCCAAGUCGGCGUACCCCCAACACCAGCCUCCUCCGCCGCCGCCGUACAGCCAUCACCCUGACGGCCCUACUCCCGGACCCAUGGAAGCUAAUGCCCCGCCUCCACCUCCUCCGGGCUCGAUCACCGGAGACCCUGCAUCGCAGCGCAAUGAGCAUGACCGUCCCCCUUCUGUGGGACCCAAGCGCAUGCGUGAGUGGGAGGAGGAGUCUUCUCAUAAGCGACCAGCCAACGAUGAGAACCGAGCCAGGCUCGACGACGUCCGCCCUCGCCGCCCGUCGACUCCUCCGGGACCCCGGGACCAGUACCGCCGCAACUCGUCAGAGGCUCGCCGUUUCGAAGACCAACGCCGCGCCGAAGACCAGCGGAGAGCAGACGACCAGAGAAGGGCAGAGGACAUUCGGAGGGGCGAGGAGCAGCGCCAUGCCAAUGACGGGUACCACCCGUCAGAGGCGGCGCACCACCAGCCCAACCACCCGAUGCCCACCAACCAUCUCCCGCCGAUGCAGUCUGCCGCUGCGCCGAUGCAGAACAUCCUCCACGAUGGACCGCAGAACGGACCUGGACCUGCUUCCGGACCCGCUCCCGGCGUGAAGGAGUAUCCCGCUGAAGAGCGCCCACCUAUUGAGCACACUCCCGCUCCCCGGCCUCCGCAGUCCAGCGAGCCCGAGCGCGCAGCGAGAAAAAUGGACGUCGAUGAGGACUACGAUGAUAGCGGCGAAGACGAGAAGAAGGGCGCCGUGGCCACUACCAACGGUUCGGGUCCGGCUCCGGCGUCGGGGGAGACUAAGACGCCUACGAGCGCAAGCAUCAACGGCCUGAUGGGGCCUACUCCCAAGGUUGAGUCGACUUAAUGGAUCAACGGCUUGAACGUGCUUUGCUUUGUUUUUAUUUGUCUGAGGGAUCCUGUGUUCUCUUAUCGUGUAUACCAUUUCCUUGCUCGUCCUCGUUCUGUCUCCAGAAUCCCCUUUUCGACGGGAAACUGGUGUGUCUACGUGAGGCACUACGGUAGCUUAUGAAGAGAAAAAGUAGUGGUGAAUCUAGACUGCUUGAAUGACUAAACAAUAAAUAUCAAACCAUAUCUGGCACCA